CAGAUGUCCCCAAAGGAGAUCAGAUGGGCAAUUUCUUCCCCGCCCAGUUCAUAAACUGAGCUGCAUUGUGACUUUCAUGUGAUGCAGAGACUGGAGAAGCGUCUGCCCAGGGAUUCCUUGGAAAGCUGCUUGACUCCAUUUGUGUGAGGACAGACCUACCCAGGGGGCAAGCAAGGUUGCCAACUCCCAUCAUUUGGUGACUGCGUGCCCUUCUGCUUUCAGCUACAGUUUCUCUUGCCUGGCCAAAGCUGUGCCUUCCCUACGAGGCAGAAAGAGAGAACCAAGCUAUGGCAGCACCCACCACCACCACCAGCCUGAGAUUCAAGCUCAUCCUCCUGGGGGACUUUGGGGUGGGAAAGACCACCUUUUUCCACCGCAUCAGGACUGGCCAUUUCUUAGAGGAGGCCCACACCCUCGGUCAGCACAUGAAUGUCUGUGAGAGGAUGCUGCCCCUGAGACACAGUCGCAGCAACCGCCAAGCACAGAUCUCCUUAUGGGACACAGCUGGCGAGGAGCGCUUCCUCUCACUGAGCAGCUGCUAUUUCCGAAACGCGGACGCAGUGCUUCUGGUGUACAGCCUCCAGGCUCUCAUCUCCUUUGACAGCCUCUCGCACUGGGUCUAUGUGGCCAGACAGUACUGUGCAGAUGCUGAUAUCUUCCUUUUGGGUAAUAAGAGCGACCUGGAAAACCGCGUCUCUGAAGACAAAGCCGAGAAGUUUGCAGUGGAGCAUUGCGCAUCGGAGAGAUUCAAAGUGUCGGCCAAGACAGGUGAGAACGUGGAGCGGAGCCUGCAAGAGAUGGUGGAACAUCUCUUUCUCAAGAAGGAAUUCCAGCGCAGCAGCCUCCAGGUUCCCUUGCAAGACGUCGGCUACUACAGCCACUGCGGAUGUUGAAGGGAGCCACUGUUCACUUUAGCAAUAAAUGAAGGAACAAAUCCCUUCCUGUUGCAAAAAACAAGCUUCUUGCUGUCCUGUUGUUGUUGUUGUUGUUGUUGUUGUGUGCCUGCAAGUCAUUUC